AUGAUGGCUAACGCAGAGGCAUCAAAUAAGAUCACAAGUACAGAUAUAUUAGAGAAGGAAAUUGGCAGUACCGAUGAAGCAGGACCAUUAGCUAAAGAAUACACACUGGAUAUUCCGAGAAUUCCAAGUUUGGAAUUACCAUUACAUGUUUCUUCAAAACAAGAAAGUGUCCAGAGAGCUAUUGACAUGUGUGGAGGACUUCCUUCGGUAAAAGAAGCGUUCAGAGAGCAUGGCUCAGUGGAUUCCCAGAAGGGGUUAGAAUUGUAUCUCAAUAAGCUAUCGAAUAAUAAGGUAAAAAAAUCAGAUCGGGAUGAGUUCUUUAAUGAACAUCCCAUUGUAGGCAAAAGAGUCCCUUAUCGAGAUGAUUCUAUAAUCUUAAAGGUAUCUGUCCCAAAGGGGACCAUGGCCAAGAAUGAUAAUAAUAUACGCAAGGCAUUAUCUUCCUUGGAGCCCAAAGAUUACAAGGUAACACCAGUCGGCAUUGUCAAUAAUACUAUCAAAUUUAGGGAGAUGUCAGAUUUCCAGAUUAUGUUAGAUAAUGUUCCAGCAGCCAACGAAUACUUGAAUAGCUUCAAAUCAUUAGAAUGGGACAAUUUCAAGAACUUUGUCCAGUCAGUGCCUGACUAUGAUCCAAGACCGUAUGAGAAUAUCAAUAAUAUUAUCUUAGAUAGAAUACGCCCCUGUCCAAAUACUGAUUUUCAACUACCUCCACCACCAAGAUUAUCCAUGGUCGGUUUCCCACAUCUUUACAAAUAUAAGAAAAAUCCUUUUGCAACAAAAAAAUCAAAUGGUAAGACUGAAGUUAAAGGAUCAUAUUUGAAAAAUUAUCAGCUUUUUGCUCACAGUUUGGAGAAAACAACAAAAAUUCCAUCUAAGCCACAUCCAAAAUUGCAAAAAGAGUACGAAAUUGCAAAUGAAACUAAAGUUUUCCCAGGAACUAAAGCUGAUUCUAAGUUUUAUGAUUCAUUGGAGGAAUGUAUAGAAGUUUUAAAUGGAUUAUUUGAAAAAAGACCAAUUUGGGUCAAGAGGCAUAUAGAUGGUAUCAUUGACAAAAAGAUUCAUCAUACCCUCAAAAUUGCGUUGGCUCUGACUUCAUAUAGGUUUACUACGGGUCCAUGGCGUAAUACAUACAUUAAAUUUGGUGUUGAUCCUAGGACUUCAAGUGAAUAUGCGAAAUAUCAAACCGAGUACUUCAAAAUAGAAAGAAGGUUGUUAUCAUCGCCAUUGGCUAAAAACAAUAUUCCUAAGAUUCCUGCCACUAUAUUCAAGUCCAAUAUCUCUGGAUGGAUUGACGAUAGAUUCAUAUUUGAUGGAACGCAAGUUCCCUGGUACCUGAUGCUCCAAAUUGAUCUGUUAAUUCGUGAGCCUAACAUAGCUGAGGUCUAUAAUAAUGCUAAAUACCUCGAUAAACCAAAUGUGAUUACAGGGUGGUUUCAUGAACUUGAUCUAGUCAAAAUAAGAAAAAUAGUCAAAUAUGAAUUAGGUUGUUUAGCUCAAGGAAACAAUAACUUCAACAAAUAUAAACUAAAAUAUUUCAAAUCUAUUCAGUUUACCAAGGAAUCGAUGAUUACGGGUGGGGCAGCUGCAAACACAGGAGAUGCAGAAGGUGAUAUUGAUAUGACAAGAGAGGAAUCAAAGGACAACGUCACGGAAGAUGAAGAUAAUGGAGUAGCUGCAGAAGAGGCUGACGAAGGGGUUUUGGAAGCUGAAGAAAUAGAAGCGGAUGAUGUUACUCCAAUAGAUAAUGAAGAUGAGGACGACGGUAUAAUUGACGGUUUUGAUCCGGAGACAGCCACGUUUCAAGACAUUAUUGCGCAGAUUUCCAAAAUGGAUCCAUCCUCUGCUGAAAGAUUACAGAACGAAUUGGAAGGUUUUGUAAACGAAAAUAAGUUGUAA